CUCCCUCGGCUCCUGAACCUCCUGAACCUCUCUUGGCUCCUCAACCACCUGGACCUCCCUUGGCUCCUGAACCACCUGAACCUCCCUCGGCUCUGACCUCAUGGAUGUGAAACCUUUAUCAGGACUCUUGCGCAGCAUUCCCGACACUUAACCGCACCCGGUGUUGACCCCUGCUCCAGUUUCCUGUCCUGCAGAGCGCUGCAUCCAUCAUGGCGGAGGGGCUGCUGCAGGUGGAGAUCCCGGACUUCGGCAGCAGCGUGUUGGGCAGCCUGAACGAACAGCGGCUGCUGGGCCACUACUGUGACGUCUCCAUCCUGGUCCAGGGACAGGCCUUUAAGGCGCACCGGGCCGUCCUGGCGGCCUCCUCGCUCUACUUCAGAGACCUCUUCAGCUCUGUGGCGGACCCCUCCUCCUCUUCCUCACCAUCCUCCUCCCAGGCCGUCUUUGAGCUUCCGUCGUCGGUGACGCCGGCUUGUUUCCAGCAGAUCCUGUCGUUCUGCUACACCGGACGGCUCAGCAUGGCCGCCAGCGAGCAGCUGGUGCUCAUGUACACCGCCGGCUACCUCCAGAUCCAGAACAUCGUGGAGCGAGGCAUGGAGCUGAUGAUGAUGAAGGCGUCCUCCUCAUCCUCUCCGCUGUGCUGCGACUCUCAGGUGAACACCAGGAACUGCAUCACACCAACAUUACAUCAUUUAUUUAACACUUUUGGUCUCCAUAGAAACACCCUGGCCAAUAGCUGCGGAACAGGGAUUCGCUCGUCCACCAACGAUCCGAGUCGGAAGCCUCUGGACAACCGAGUGUUAAACACGGUCAAAUUGUACUGUCAGAACUUUGCUCCCAACUUCAAGGAAAGUGAGAUGAACGUCAUUGCCGCUGACAUGUGCACAAACGCCCGCAGAGUCCGUAAGCGCUGGCUCCCAAAGAUCCAGUCGCUCCUCCCUGAUGGCCUCCCCUCCUCCGCAUCAUCCCACCCCCGCAAGGGGAAGAGAGGAGGAGCAGGAGGAGAGCGGCCCGGUGGCAGCCCCUUCGAGCUGGACUUGCGGCAGCUCAGCGCCUCCUACCUCAGCCUGGAGGCGCCGGUCUACACGGAGCGUCGUGAGAGGGAGAAGGAGAAGGAGGCCCACCUUCCUCACCUGCAGUUCGCCAGCUCCCAGGGAGGAGAGGGGGGGCCAGAGGAGGAGGAGGGGCCGAUGGGGGGGGAGGCAGACGGGGAGGAGAAGCAACAGACUGAACAGCCCCCAGACCUGCCCCUCUCCCUGUCCUCCUCCCUGUCCUCCUCCUCCUCCACCUCCUCCUCACACCCCUCCCCUCAGCCUGCAGAGUCUGCCCCCCCUCACAGGGGAUUGGCUGACACAGAUAUGAGGGGGGAGGGGCCUACAGAAGACAGCCAAUAAGCAUCCUAAUGCAUCUGCCUACCUGUCUGUAAAUAAAACAAUAGCUACCUGG